UUCUCUGUGUCUCUCACAUGUGUAGUACAAACAAUCUUCCAAAUCCAAACCUAACCACUCUAAAACCCCACUUUCUUCAUUCUUCUCACUCACAUUCACAUUCACAUUCACAUUCUCAAUGUCUCCUUCUCUUCGCACAUUCCUCUUCUCCCUCGCACUCUUCCUUCUCUUCUUCCGCCCCAUCUCCGCCCACGACGACGACGCCGAUGCGGACUCCGGCGGCGCCGCCCCGGACCUCCGCGCGAGGCCCUUGAUUCUGGCGAAGGUGUGGUGCCUGAUAGUGAUCUUCUUGGCGACGUUCGUGUCGGGCGUUUCGCCGUACGUGCUGAAGUGGAACGAGGGGUUCCUCGUUCUGGGGACCCAGUUCGCCGGAGGGGUGUUUCUGGGCACCGCCAUGAUGCACUUUCUCAGCGACGCCAACGAGACUUUCGGGGAUUUGACUGAAAAAGAGUACCCUUUCGCCUUCAUGCUCGCCUGCUCCGGCUACUUGAUGACCCUGCUUGCCGAUUCCGCCAUUUCCUCUGUUUUGAACAAGAUGGGUCGCCGUGGCCGCGCUGCUGCAGAGGAUCUCGAGGUUCAAGGGGCUGAUACAGUCAAAGCAAGUGGCAAUGGUGUUACUUCUCAGUCUCAAUACCAGAACCAUUCCACUGAUCAUCACUUAGCAAACCCUGCACUUGGAUCUGUCCGUUCAAUUGGAGACACCAUCUUGUUGAUCGUUGCCCUUUGUGUACACUCCGUGUUUGAGGGCUUAGCAAUUGGAGUUGCUGAGACCAAAGCAGAUGCAUGGAAAGCAUUAUGGACAAUAUGUCUGCACAAGAUAUUCGCAGCCAUUGCAAUGGGUAUUGCACUCCUCAGAAUGAUUCCUGAUCGUCCCCUUAUGUCGUGUGCAGCCUAUGCCUUCGCUUUUGCCAUCUCAAGUCCAAUUGGUGUGGCCAUUGGAAUCAUAUUGGAUGCCACAACACAGGGUCAUGUAGCGGAUUGGAUCUUUGCCAUAUCAAUGGGUCUGGCUUGUGGGGUGUUUAUCUAUGUGUCAGUAAACCAUCUUUUGGGAAAAGGGUACGUGCCCCACAAACCAACAAGGGUUGACUCGGCCUAUUUCAAGUUUCUUGCAGUGUUGUUGGGCGUGGGAGUGAUAGCGGUUGUGAUGAUUUGGGACACCUAAGGUUGUUGAGUAGGAGGGAUAAUGAUGGAUUAGUUCCAAGAUCACUCUGUUUUUUUAUCUUUUAAUUGUCUAUACAAGUUAUGAUUUGAUAUUGAAUACGAUAGUGAAAAAGUUGUGGUAGUUCCUGUGAUAGAAAAGUGACAGAAAUUUUGCCUCAGAAAAGAAUCAAAAGAUAGGUAUGUAUUGAUUGAGAAAUGAUAACUAAGAAGACUUUGUAAAAGUCUUGAUAAAGAAGGAUAGCUUACACGGAGGGGAGUCCAAGCAUUGGAGGCAAAGGAGGACAGAGAAGAAAUAUAGACAAAACUAUAGAAAGGGAUUUGUAGAUCAAUGGUUUGUUUAUAGAUAUGAUUUGUGAUAGAAAGCUAUGGUGUUGAAAGUUCGGUUGUGGCUAUUGUCAUGUAUUGAUGAAUGAUGAUUUAAUAAUAUAAUGAGUUUUGCAAGA